AAUACAAUUUAUUCAGCUGGAUAAUCUUAUUUGACAAAAAAAGCUUACAAGUUAAAUGAAAAUGCAUGUAUUGGGUUAUCGGUGUCCAUGCGUUGCGGCAUUAAAGCGUCUCAAACGCCACGAGUGUCUCGCUGCGAAAGCUUGAAGCAGAGAUAAAAGUGGUGGAAAUGAAAUGAAAUGGCAUGAACGUAGGCUGAGGGAGCCAGAGGAAGGGAAGGCCUCGUCUUGGGAGAUUUUCUGCUCCUGUAGCACAGAGAGCGUGAUGUCAGCGGUGGCAGUGCUGUUGUAAUUGACUUGGUGGGGGUGAUGGCGUCAUUUCAUGCCCUGGUGUAGCCUCCUGCUCCAUUAGCGAAGGGGAGACGGAUCUUUGGCCGACGCGACCGUGGCUCCCUUGGCCGGGAUCGAGCACCGCCGAGCCGGACGAUUCACCCCGGGAAACAUGGAGGCUGCGGCCGAGGAGCUGCGGGCCGGCUCCCGGGUACCUGUCACUGUCGACCAAAUAGUUAACGACACGCUGGUGGUGACACUGACCUACCGAGAAAGAAACUACACGGGGAUAUUGCUUGACUGCGACAAAAAGACUGGGCUGUUUUGUCUACCAGAAUUCACAGAGAAACUCGGGGAAUGCCCGAUACCUAAACCAGCUUGUGAAAUCCCACAAGUGCUGAGUGAGGAGCUGGUUUCCAAGUCUCCCACCCAGGAUUCGCACAGACCAAAGGAUGAAAACACUCUCCCCGAAAGCAGCAUAUCCACUGCACCUGUACCUUGCCCCGUACCCACACCAGUGCCAGCUGGACAGACUCCUUAUCCUCCUUAUUUUGAAGGAGCCCCCUUCCCUCAGCCCUUAUGGGUGCGCCACACCUACAGCCAAUGGGUACCUCAACCCCCUCCUAGACCAAUUAAGAGAAAGAAGAGGCGGACUCGAGAGCCUGGCCGCAUGACCAUGAGCACUAUCCGUCUGCGGCCGCGGCAGGUACUAUGUGAAAAGUGCAAGAACACGCUCAAUAGCGACGAGGACAGCAAAGAUGGCAUGAGCAGCACUAAGUCUUCUAGGAAAGAGAACACGCUGCAGAGCGACGACGACGGCGAAGUCAAGGACACCCCGUCGAAGCUGUCUAGAAAUCAGGACGUAGUCGCAGCCAAGGACACUAAAAGACGAGAAAACGGCCCCGGCUUUGAUACUAAGCGUCUCCGAAAAGACAAAAAGGGCGAGGCCGACGGGGAGAAGUACCCCGGCGCUGACAUUAUCCCCCACAGUCCCGUCAUAAAGAUUUCAUACAGCACUCCACAGGGCAAGGGGGAGGUCAUGAAGAUCCCCGCACGCGUCCACGGUUCGGUCAAGCCGUUCUGCCCCAAACAGCUGGCGCAGAACGGCGUGGAAGAAAACGGCAAGGCGCCUUGCGACCCCACCAAGGAGCAGCGCCACAUCCUAGACGCCACGAGGUCCGGCCUCACCGUGUCCAUUCCCAAACUCAAACUAACUAGGCCUUUCGCGACAGUGGGUCAGGACUCGCCUUCUCCAAAGAUCCGCUUGAGAACCCCUCAGAGGGAGGGCGAGGAGAGCGUGGUCGAGUACGAGGCGGAACUCGUCGGAGGCACCAGGAGACGAAGCCCCAGGGUGCCCGGGUCCUGCCUGCCCCACUCCGAAGACUCAGGGGAAGGGAAGAACUCCCUGGAGUUAUGGUCGGGAAGCUCUGGAGAGGAGGCAGAGCGCGGCCACAGCGACCUCACCCUCCUCAUCAAUUUCCGUAAGCGCAAAGCGGACUCUUCCAGCCUGUCGGUCUGCAGCAGCGACAGCCUGGACGAGUCCAAGUCCUUCAGCUCCGACGGCACCUCGCCCGAGCUGUGCGACCUGGCGCCCGGCGAGGACCUCUCCGUGACCUCAUCCUCAGUGCCCUCGCGGGACGACUGCAAGACGGUGCCGCCGCUCACCGUGCGGCUGCACACCCGCAGCAUGACGAAGUGCGUGACCGAGGAGGGCCACGCCGUGGCGGUGGGCGACAUCGUGUGGGGGAAGAUCCACGGCUUCCCCUGGUGGCCCGCGCGGGUCCUCAGCAUCAGCGGCACCCGCAAGCAGGAGACGGCCAACUGCGAGGCCCAGUGGCCGCAGGCGAAGGUGGCGUGGUUCGGCUCGCCCACCACCUCGCAGCUGUCCGUCGCCAAACUUUCGCCCUUCAGGGAGUUCUUCAGGUCUCGCUUCAACCGCAAGAAGAAAGGGAUGUACCGGCGAGCCAUCCUGGAGGCGGCCAAGGCCGUGGGUCACAUGGGCCCGGAGAUCACGUCGCUGCUCUCCCACUGCGAUACGUAGAGGCUGAGGACUGACGAGAGGUCUCCGAGGUUUUCUCAAUUCUCAGACUCUGUCAUCAAGACCCAGGAGGGGAGUACGUGCGGUUGCCACGGCUACUAGUUAUAUGCGUUUUUUUUUUUUUUUUUUUUUAACCCUGUUAUGUUCACAAGGCUGGUGGAAAAUGGCCGCCAAGGUGGAGUGUUGUUGAGACUGGAUAAGGGAGCAAAAACAAAACAAAAAAAAGGGCCGGGCUACUCAUGGUCUACUAUGAACUAAACUAUUCCUCCUUAUUAUUAUUAUUAUUAUUAUUAUUAUUUUUUUUUAUAGGUUUAAUCAUAUUUCAAUAGAGCCGAACAACAACACUACAAGGAAUGUAUUUAUUGUCUGCAAUGGUUGAUUUACGAUUCAGCAAGUUCACCGUUCUACUACUACUACUACUACUACUACUACUACUACUACUACUACAACAGUCUUGCAAAAUCCUCCUAGUCUGCUGCUGUCGUUGCCGACGUGUUCGCUGCGAGGUCCGACUCUUUGGAGGACUUCCUCCCUCUCACACGGACGUGAUACCUUUUUUUUUUUAUUUUUAAACCACAGUUUAAAGAGAGUCUUACCCUUAAAUCCUCCUCCUAUUUCUGAAAAUGUGAACGGCUCCAUCCAGAGACAGUAGUGACUGUUCCAGCUCUCCUAGUGAUCAGUGUUCCAUCCUCGUAGCAACAUUAGUUGGAUUUGUGGAUGUAUUUAUACUGAACUCUAUUCCUCUCCAGACUCCUGUCGUCUCUCUUCCAUUUCAUUAUUAUUAUUUUUUUUUUAUUUACUUUUUCAGGAGUGUUGCAUACUUCCCCCCUUCCCUUCCCUUCCCGACCUUUUUUUUUUCUUCGUUUCUUUUCCUGAGAACCAUUUUUACAUUUAAUUAUUUAAAGCAUCACGUUUAAGGAGAAAAAAAAAAAAGAAAGCACUUUAAUCUGUACCUCGGUGGCCUGCUGUAAUCUCACUGUCUGAAACACUUUUUUGCGAGAUACAGCCCCGAUAGGCAGCGGCGGAGUUCAGAAGUCUUUUGUGGUUGACUAUCCAUGGCCUUGGAGAUACAAACACACACACACACACACAAAAAUAUUGUUUAUUUUAUUUUAUUGUACGAGUUUAGGGACACCAGACACGGAUGGUUGUGUACACUGUAUUCUAUUUUGACUUGGGUGUGUUUCUCUCUCAGCUUUUCCACCGUAUGCACAAACACACAAACACACAACACACACACAAAAAAAAAAAAGCAUUGAACAUUUCCACUGGAGAAACAUGGGUUAACAAAUGUCCGAGCCCCCCUAUGCAUUAUCAGUUAAAGCUUUAUUAGGGACUGUGGGGGAAGAGAGAGCGAGAGUAAAAAAAAAAUAAAUAAAAAUUAAAAUAACAUGCUGUAAGAAUACUGUGAAAUCAGCUGCUGAGUGUGCUGAAGAAAAAAAGCCCGUUUGCUACCGGCUGGAGUUAUAUUGAGUCAUCGGGCGAAGGCAGACGGCAACGCUGACCUUUAGAGACCUUUGUGUUGAAAGCAGCACUGUUGGAUUAAGGGAAAAGGGGGGGCGGGGGCAGCGAAUGCAAAGGGUAGUCUUCUGUCAAGCGCAGCCUGAUCUGUAUUAAAAAAAAAACAAAAAAAAAAAAAACCUAAGAUUGCACACAGUCAUGCUCAGCCAACCAGUCCGUCUCUUUUUUUUUUUUUUUUCUGUUUUUUUUCUUCCCCCUGCUUGUCUGGAAAAACUUCAUUCAGAUUGAGGGCUAAAAAUUAAAUUAAAUUAAAAAAAAUAAAUAAAAAUAAGGCCCGGUGAGUGAGGGGUGCGUGUCUUUUUAUUUUUAUUUUUAUUUUUUUUUUUGGAUAAUCUGCAGUUUGACCGUUAGUUGUCGAGCGCAGCUAGUUUCCGGGCAGCCUUACACGACGAGCUGUGUGAGAGUCGAUAUGUGUUGUAUGCCUGUGAGGGGAAAAAUGGUUCCCGCGUAUGAGCAACAUGGCUGUCUACUGUUGCCCACGUUUGGUCAAUGUUAUUGGCUACUUUUUUUGUUUUCUUUUUUACAUGUACUGUACAUAAAAUAAAAUAUACAAGCAAUA